CUCGUAGUGAUCCUCCUUCCUCAGCCUCCCAAGUACUGAGAUUAUAGGUGUGUGCCUAUGGGUCUGACUGCGUAGGAUUAUUUAGGAUGGUUUCUCUUAUUUCUGCAAAAAAUGCCCUUGGGAUUUUUCAUUGAGAUUGCAUUAAAUUAGAAGAUUCUUCUGGGUGGUGCUGUCAUCUUAACAAUAUGAAGUUUUCUAUUUCAUUUGUUGGUAUCUUCCUUAAUGUUUCAUGCAGUCAUGAUCAGCAUGUAAAGGUGUAAUCUGUGGUGGCCCCUGUCAUGGCCCAGCCCCCUGGCCCAUGCCCAGAGCUCCUGAGCAGUUAAUCCCAAUAGUGACCCCAUUGUGGGCCCAAAGUUGUGGCUGGAGGGGACUCAAAACAAGAGAAACUGCCCUUAUUGCUUUAUUGUCUUCUACCACCAUGAACUGUUGCCCCUCUGCCUCCCUGCCUCAGAGCCAGCCAAUUAUGGACUGAAACCUCUUCGAACUGUAAGCCUAAUAAACCUUUCCCCCUUUAAAAAACAAAAACCAAGAGGAACUGUCCAGUUUCUCCAUGGAGGUUACAAGGGCAGAAAUCCAAGGAGAGGAGCAUCUGCACAGUUCUGAUGGUUCCUUUCACCAGUUUCCAUGUGGUUUUCUUUAGGCUCUGUUUUUAGGACCCCCCCACACCAGUUCCCUCACUCGCAAUUUCUUUUGUUCUGCCAAACUCUAGGCACUGGCUGGGCAGUGUCUGUCCAGGGAUGGCCCCUAUCCCUUCUUGUCCCCACAACUGGGCAAAACAGAGGAGGACUGUCCAGGAGCAUUGGGACCCUGCACUCAGGGAGGCCCCUCAAGGAGGGGGGGCAAGGCCUUCAUUCAGGAGGCAGUGUGGGCAGUGCUCUCUGCUACCAAAAAAAAAGAAAAGAAAAAAGGAGAACAGGGCUUUGGCUGCCCCAGCCUGCAGAUGUGGCUCUUCUCUGCUCCCUUCCACCAGACCCUGAAAGACUUGGUCGCUGCACAUUUAUGAACAGUUAGACCCUAGCAAUUAAAGUCAAAUUCUUACACAAAUCAAUUGUUAUAGGGAUUGAAAUUUACACUUGAGAAUUCUAGGGUCCAUCAAGCAGUUUGCUAUUUAAGCAUAAUAGCCCUUUUUACUUUUGAUAUUUAUUUCUAACAGUUCCUAGAUUUUUGUUUUGUGGUACUGGGAAUUGAACUCAGGGUUUCGGGGAUAUUAGCAAGUGCUCUACCACUGAGCUACACCCUAGUCCUUCCUUUUGUGUGGUCCUGGGGAUUGAACGAAGGGCCUUUGCCCUGAAUUAUAUCCCAAGCUUUUUUUUUGUACCAGGGAUCGAACUCAGGACCUUGCACUUGCAAAGCAGGCAGCGGAACCACUGAGCUAAAUCCCCGGCCCGGAUCCCAAGCUUUUUGUUUUUGUUUUCACUUUUAAUUUUGAGACAGGGUCUCAGUAAGAUGUCAGGUGAGACUCAAUUUUGCAAUCCUCCUGCCUCAGUUUCCCAGAGUGCUGGGUUUAUAGGCACAUGCCACCAUGCCUGCCUCCAUGCCUGACCUCCUUCUUUGUUUUUUUUAAUACAGAAAGCAAAAGAAAAUUGUCCAUUAUCUCACCACUCAAAUACUAUUCCUAAUAAUAAUAAAUAGAUUGAAAUAAUGGAUAAUAGAUAAAUAAAGCAACACACAUUUGUGUUAGGAAAUCCCUAUCCAUGAAGAAAAGAGCAAAAUGGAAAAGUCCUCCCUCUGUGUUACCUCUCCCUGAUCUUCCUCCCAGCAGAGACUGUUUUACCUCCCCUGCCAUCUCCUCUAAUGCCUCAUACACAUGGCAGUCCUGCCCUGCAGGAGUCAUGGUGCUCUACCUGCCACUAUGCAGGACCUAGAACUCCUAGCAGCUAGACACCAGGCUUUCUAGGAAGAUGGCAUGGUUCUCCCUCCUGCAGGUGUGGGCAGGGCCCAUCACAGGCAGGGACACCUCACACUGUCUAAGACCUGCAUCCGGUUCUCUUGGCUGCCUGGGCUGUAGCCUUUUGGCCUUUUCCCAUAAGCUGCACAUUGGCCAUGGUGGCCCAUUGUUCCCUUUGAUUAUCUCUCUCAUUGUUUUGUUUUUGUUUUUUUGGUACUGGGGAUUGAACUCGGGACCUUGUGCUUGCGAGGCAGGCAGCAGCACCACUCAGCUAAAUCCCCAGCCCUCUUACUGAUUUUUAUGUGCUCUUUGUAACUAGCCCUUGGUCUUCUAUGUCACUGUCAAGUUUAUCAGUGGCUCUCCUGAGCAAAGUGGUUCCUUUCUUUUGCUUUGCUUUGUGUGGCACAGAUGCCACUAUAAUCCACAGGCCAAUGCAGACAUGAAGACUAGAGACUGUUCCCUGUGUCCCUAGUUGGGAAUCACUCCAGAUGAUGUCCCACAACCUCUCUGAGACCUCCUGUGGUCUCUUCUGAGGCUGAAGAGGUGACUCACUGCCUUUGCCCCAUCAGAGAAGACCAAACAAGGCUGGCCUCUGGGAAGGGGCUCAGAUAGCUGGACCCUGGUCAUUUCCAGAUUAUGGUUUAUAUUAUUGAUUAUCCAAAGGUAAAAUUGAACUCCGCACAAAUUCUUUCCACUUGGGUGCUGGGCUUGGACAAGUAGAGUCUAGAGCUUUCUUGACGCCAAAGGAUAGGAGCCAGACUAGGAAGCAGCUCCAGAUCAGUCAGCCAAUGAUGCCAGCAGGCAGAGCAGUGUGUGAGCACGUGUGCACCGACCUGCUGAUUAUGCAUCUACUCUGCCUUGUGUAAGUAGGCCACAAGGCCUAGGCUCCCCAGAAGUCUGGGUGCCCACACUGCCCCCUACUUGGGAAGAGCCUUCACUCUCCUGUUUAUCUUCUGCUUUGACUCUUGAGUGUCUUCCCUCCCCCAACCACCAUGAGGCUGGGAGUCCUGAGACUGCCCUCAAACAGUCUCCCUGGAGAACAGGAUCUCGAGUGACCACAGAGCCCCAAGUUCCUCCUAUGUCCUUUUCCAUUUCAGAGUCUAGCCUGCAUCAUGGGUUUCUGCUUUGAACAUUGUGAACUCUGCUUCCUGCUAGCUGGAGUCUCCUGGCUUACAUCUGACUGGGUCCUGGCCACUCACACUGAGUGGGUUUUUUGUUGUUUUGGUUUUUGCUGUUUUUAUUGUUGCGGAACCAUCCAGGGCCUCAUAUAUUGCUAAGCAAGUGCUGCUAUAUCCUAGCUCUUAUGUAUGGAUUUAGAGGGUCUGUGGGCCAAAGCUAUCUCCUACCUCAGCUAGGGCAGAGGACCCCCCCAUACUUUCCCUGAAGGCUCUUUGCUUAUAGGAACCCAAGUAAUGCAGGGCUGAAUGACAAGAGAAUAGCUGGGUAUGGUGGCACAGGCCUCUACAGGGAGGCUGAGGCAGAAGGAUCAAAAGUUCAAGCCCACCCUGGGCAACUUAGUGACUUAGCAAGACCCCAUUUCAAAAUCUAAAGUAAAAAGGGGCUGGGAGUGUAGCUCAGUAUAAAGGUCCUGGGUUCAAUCCCCAGUACCAGAAAAAAAAUGCAAGUGUUAUUAAUUUUAUAUGCACAAUCAUAAGCGCUGAAGAAAUGGCCAAAGCAAGAUGUGUUACAAAGAACAGUAAUUUUGUAAGGACUAAGACAAAUCUUUGGACUAGGGCAGUAGAUUCUAGGAAUAUCACUUAGAGAUAUAUUGGGUGGGGGUGAAGCUAGUGAAGAUAAAUAAAUAAAUUUCAAAUUUAUUUAUUCAAGUUCAUCGUAGCCUGAGUGCCUGGAUCUCUGAUGAUUAAGACCUUUUUCUGCCUUGGUACUAGGAGAACACCAUUCUCAAAUCUUUCUACCCUGCUGUGGGUAGGAAAAGACCGCAUGGCCUGCCUGCGCUCACUUCCUCUUCCAGUUUAAGUAACCCUAUGCCAAUUCAGCACAUUCUGAUGGCCUGACCUUAACUCUAUCACUGGGAAAGCACCAGGGAAGGGAGUUGUGCUCUUCAGUGCACAACCACCAGUGGUAUGCAUACGCCUGCUCUGUCCACUCACAGGGGCUAGAGGGCAUGGGGAGGCAGGCUCACCUGGUUCUGACCCAGUCAGGAAUCCGAGGCAUGCAGCUGACUUCUCUGAACCUUGGCCCUCCAUGAGCACAGGGAGGUAUUGACAGUACCACCAAACUGAGGACAGGCCAGUCAAACAUCUGAUUAUGGGAGACACUAAGGAACAGCGUAUCCUGCGCCAUGUGCAAGAGCAUGCAAAGCCUGGGGACCCCCAGAGCGUGCUGGAAGCCAUUGAUGAUUAUUGCUCCCACAAGGAGUGGGCCAUGAACGUGGGCAACAAGAAAGGUGAGAUCAUGGAUGGUGUGAUUCGGGAGCUUGGCCCCUCCCUAGUGCUGGAACUGGGGGCCUACUGUGGCUACUCAGCUGUGCGCAUAGCCCGCCUGCUGCCACCUGGUGGGCGGUUGUUCACUAUGGAGAUCAACCCCAACUUUACUGUCAUCACCCAGCAGAUGCUGGACUUCGCGGGCCUGCAGGACAAGGUCACUGUCCUGCUUGGGGCGUCCCAGGACCUUAUCCCCCAGCUGAAGAAGAAGUAUGAUGUGGACACGCUGGACAUGGUCUUCCUCGACCACUGGAAAGACCGCUACUUGCCAGACACCCAUCUCCUGAAGGAAUGUGGCCUGUUGCGGAAGGGGACAGUACUUCUGGCUGACAAUGUCAUCGUCCCAGGAGCACCAGAAUUCCUGAAAUAUGUACGUGGGAGCAGCAGCUUUGAAUGCACACACUAUAGCUCUUACCUGGAGUACAUGAAGGUGGUGGAUGGCCUGGAGAAGGCUGUCUACAAAGGCUAAGGCAGUCCAGUGCCGUCUUAACUGCCCACCCUGCUCUGGGCAACCCUGCCAAAUCUGGUUCAGAAGGAUGAGAUGGACAUGUUCCUGCUGAGUUCACAUCUGUGAUUCUGGGGUUUUUCCUUAAAUAUAAAGCAUACUUCAGGCCUGUGAGGCCUGAGCCUUGCUCA